ACACGCAGUCGUCUUCCUGGCGUUAUGUUCCCACUGCAGAGAAUCCUGCCGAUUUAAUUUCACGUGGUGUAAGUGCCGAUCAGCUGUGUCAUACAGACAUGUGGUGGGAAGGGCCCAAAUUUCUGCAAAAGAAAGAAGACGAAUGGCCAGUUUUAAAACAUGAUAAUUUUAAUAAUUUACCUGAGCUUAAAGUGGUUGCUACGUCCGUCAUUGUAAACAAAUCAAUAAUAGAAAUGGAACGGUUUUCAAAUCUUAAUAGACUGCAAAGAUCGGUCGCUUAUGUCAAUCGCUUUAUAUACAAUAUAAAAAACCCCAAUAUCAAAAUAUCAGGCCCAUUAACUGUUGAAGAGUUGAACAAAUCUUUUAACUUUUUAUGCACUAUAUCCCAACAAGAAAGUUUUCCCAUUGAACUUAAAGCGUUAUCAAAUGAAAAAUUUUUGAAUACGAAAUCAAAAAUAUUAUCAUUGUCACCGUUUCUUGAUAACGAUAACUUAAUACGAGUGGGUGGGCGUAUAGACGCUUCAACCUAUCCAUAUAAUAAAAGACAUCCAGUUUUAUUAGAUUCGUCUCAUUAUUUAUGCAAAUUGAUAUUUAGAGCAGAGCACAUUCGCAACAUGCACGCUGGCCCACAACUGCUUCUAGCCACAGUCAGACAAACUGUUUGGCCCAUUAAGGGUAGGUUAUUAGCACGAGCAACUGUACGUAAAUGUGUACGUUGCCGACGAGUUUUAGGAAAGACGUUAUUGCCAAAAAUGGGUGAUCUACCCUCACAAAGAAUUACGCCAGAUUUUCCUUUUACAUCUGUUGGUAUUGACAUGGCUGGACCCUUUAUUACAUUAAAUCGAAAGGGACGAGGAGCUAAAUUAUCUAAGUCUUAUUUAUGUUUAUUUGUAUGUCUACGGUACAAAUGCGUUCAUUUGGAGGCUGUAAGCGACCUCACUAAGGAUGCUUUUAUUAUGACCUUACGUCGGUUUAUAUGUCGUCGCGGCAAGCCAGCGGAAAUAUUUUCCGAUAACGGUCGUAAUUUUGUUGGAGCCGCUAAAGAACUUAAUGGUUUUCUAAAGACUAAUAAUGAAACAUUAUCUGAGUUUGCAGUUCAGGAAGGCAUUAAAUUUAUUUUUACUCCUUCUUACGCUCCUCAUUUUGGUGGUAUUUGGGAAGCAGGAAUCAAAUCUUCCAAACACCUUAUACGUCGUGUAAUGGGCAAUUCUCAUUUAACCUUCGAGGAACUUUCGACUCUUUUUGCACAAGUGGAAUCUAUAUUGAAUAGUCGUCCAUUGUGUCCCUUAUCCUCUUCCCCAGACGACUUCCUAUUCCUUUCCCCAGGGCACUUUCUGAUUGGAAAACCGCUGAAUGCUUUGCCAUCCCCUUGUCUAGAAGACUAUAAGGCAAGUUGCUUGCGUCGCCAUGCACGUCUUGAGCAAAUAAGACAGCAUUUUUGGCGAAGAUGGCAACAAGAAUACAUCUCUGAAUUACAAGUACGGACCAAAUGGAAACUUGAUACAGCCAAAGUAAAGAUUGGAGAUUUGGUCUUGCUGCGUGAAGAUACUCUUCCUCCGUUAUGCUGGCGUACUGGUCGAGUAACAAAAUUAUAUCCAGGACCUGAUGGAAUCUCUCGUGUCGCAGAUGUAAAUACAAAGACAGGAUGUUACCGGCGACCUCUUGUUCGCCUCUGCCCUCUUCUUGCUGAUGAAGACUAUUAACGAUGGAGACGGUUGAAGAGCGAGUCUUCAACGGGGGGAGUUUAUGUUAAUGACAAUUUCGUAAUUGCGUGCUCGGCCUGUUCGAGCAGGCGUUUCCUUUUUUAUUAUUGUCCUACCGUCCACUGUUGUAUUUCUGGCACGGGGCCAUCUUGUUUUGACUUGGAUAGUUGUAACACCAUUCAGAACAUUAUUGUUAACAUUUAUUUCUAAUAAAACGCAUUUUGAUCAACCAGAGUUUAUUCUAAAAUAAAUUUCAU